AACUACACCUCCCAUAACCCCUUGCGCCUCUGGGCUCGCUGCGGUUGCUUAUGACCAAUCGGGAGAGGCAGCUGUGGCGGGGGCCGAGGAGGGACAUUUUAAAAGGGCCGGAGAUUGCGGGCGUCAGUGGCCAUGGCGGAUACAGCGACUACAGCAUCGGCGGCAGCGGCAAGUGCUGCUAGCACCUCGACCGAUGCACCUCCUUUCCAGCUGGGCAAACCCCGUUUCCAGCAGACGUCCUUCUAUGGUCGCUUCAGGCACUUCUUGGAUAUCAUUGACCCUCGCACCCUCUUUGUCACUGAGAGACGUCUCAGAGAGGCUGUACAACUGCUGGAGGACUACAAGCAUGGGACCCUACGCCCAGGAGUCACCAAUGAACAGCUCUGGAGUGCGCAGAAAAUCAAGCAGGCUAUUCUACACCCGGACACCAAUGAGAAGAUCUUCAUGCCCUUUAGAAUGUCAGGUUACAUACCUUUUGGGACACCAAUUGUGGUCGGUCUUCUGUUGCCCAACCAGACACUGGCAUCCACUGUCUUCUGGCAGUGGCUGAACCAGAGUCACAACGCUUGUGUCAACUAUGCAAACCGAAAUGCUACCAAGCCUUCACCUGCAUCCAAGUUCAUCCAGGGCUACCUAGGAGCUGUCAUCAGUGCCGUCUCCAUCGCUGUGGGCCUUAAUGUCCUGGUUCAGAAAGCCAACAAGUUCACCCCAGCCACCCGCCUUCUUGUGCAGAGAUUUGUACCCUUCCCUGCCGUAGCCAGCGCCAAUAUCUGCAACGUGGUCCUAAUGCGGUACGGGGAGCUAGAGGAAGGGAUUGAUGUCCUGGAUGGUGAUGGCAACCUCGUGGGCUCCUCCAAGAUCGCAGCCAGACAUGCCCUGCUGGAGACGGCGCUGACACGAGUGGUCCUUCCCAUGCCCAUCCUGGUGCUGCCUCCAAUUGUCAUGUCCAUGCUGGAGAAGACGGCUCUCCUGCAGGCGCGGCCCCGGCUGCUCCUUCCUGUCCAAAGCCUCGUGUGCCUGGCAGCUUUUGGCCUGGCCCUGCCGCUGGCCAUCAGCCUUUUCCCACAGAUGUCAGAGAUCGAAACAUCCCAGUUAGAGCCUGAGAUUGCCCGGGCCACGAGCAGCCGGACAGUGGUGUACAACAAGGGGCUGUGAGCGGUGGCCGGCUGGCCUGGGGACGCAGCGUUGUCCAGGCCAGCAAUGUGUGGGCAGGGAAGGAGGAUUAUGGGCUGCACCUGCAGGGAGGGGCACGCUGACCCCACCAGUCCUGGGCCACCUGGGGUGGGGGGGCUCCAUCCACAGUGGUAGGGAGACUAAUCUAUUCACAUGUUAACAUAAGGGAGAGGAAUUCUGACACAUUUCCUAUCAAAAAUAAUCAAGUGCAUUUCUGGGCCUUACGUGGGGUUGUCAAAACUCUACUCCACACGAUUAUGUGUGAAGCUAAAAAAUUGUAGAGUGCCCACGGGGUAGAAUUAGGAUCCUUUUAUACUUUGUGUUUUUUUAUUUUUAUUUUUUAUCAGAAUCAAGCCUUGGUUGCAGCUGCCCAGAUGGGUUGCUGCCGGCAGGUGGACAGGUGGUGGGAAUAAGAGUAGUCCUGGGAGCUGGUUGGUUUGGUGGCUAGGCUGGUAGAUUUAGGAUAUUACUGUGGCCAAAACCAAUGUCUCCCUGGGCUGGGCAGGGGUAGUGAGGGGAGGGGAGGCAGUCUACCCCUCACAGGACGAAGCAGCUAUGACUAAGCUCCUCAGAAGGUGGCCCAGGAAAUGAAGGAGCACUGGAGGCCUCUGGAAGUUUCCAUGGGCAUCUGGCUCUGAGUGUGGCCGGCCUUCAUGCGUGCCACACUUGCAGAACGAGUUCCUCUGCAUGAAGCCCAGUGAAACACUGGGGCUGGUGUUACCCUUCAUGGAGCCCUGAUCCAUUUGAGGCCCCUGAGAUGACCCCAGCUCCAGGCAGGAAACCCCAAGAAGGAACAGUGUUAGGCCAGAGCCACGGGCAUGCACUCUGGUGCAUUUCUGCACUAUGGAAGAUCCUCCCAGGCUGGAGACUGGGCCUUGGGGCUGGCGCUGGGCUGACUGCCGUCGGAGGGGCCUCGCCAGCCCCCGACGAUUCCUGCCCCAUCCCACUGCUUCCUGAGUAGAAGGGUCUCACGCCUGAGAGUUUGGAGGCCAGAUCUCUAAGCACCUAUCUGAGAGGAAGCAUCAACCCAAAAACGGCAGGCCUCAGCGCUGGCACUAGUGGGCUGUGUGACCUUGGACAAAUCCACUCCCUUCUCUGAGCUUUCACUCUCUGCCCAGAACCAGAGGACUGGAUCAAGGGGUUCUCACCUGCUCUUCCAGCUGGACCUUGUCUUGGCCUGUCCUGCUUAGAUACAGGUCAUCCCAGGCACAUCCCAACAUGGACACUGGACUGGGAAAGGGGUGGGCCCCUUUGGGAAUGACCAGCUGUGGGCCUCAGAGCCUGGACCUUGCCUUUAUGUAUGUCACCCCACAUCCUGGGAGCACUUGACCUUUGCCAAACACUUUACCGUUCCGAAAAAGGAGGCAGUGUGGAUGCCUGGGCCUGAGUAGGGGGCCACACCCGCAUGCCGCCUCUCACCCUGCACUGGCCUUGACGCUGUUUGCUGCUGGCUGUCGUCUCCUUUCCAUUUGCAAGCCAGGAAAGAAGAGAACUCUUCAGAGGAAAGCAGGGCCUGAGGUGGGGGCCUACAGGGUAACCCCCUCAUUGGAAAGGCCCACAAAGGAGGAAGCAUGGGUCUCAACGCACCCCUCACCUGACCCCAACUGGAAGGAGCCCUCUGCAUGCAGCCACAGGGCCUCCCCUACCCUGGUGACUCUACCUGGGGAGAGACCUGGCUGGAGGUAAAUAUGUGCACAUGCAGGAAAAGGCCAGUGCAGGGCAGAAAGAGCGUGGCCACGGGCAGCUCUUACUGCGGUUAGGGUUGCGGGAGUUGUGGUGAGGCGGAUUUCUGCAGGUAUUGACACCAUGCAUGCCCCUAGCAGUCCUUGCUGCCAUCACCUCCUAGCCAGGCUCUGCAGGAUGCUGCCAUGAGGGCCCCCCACUCUCCCAAGGAGCAGCCCCCCCACUGCCCAUCAGGAAGGAGAGAAGGCAGAGACAAGCUUGGAAGACAAAACAACAGAGGGGCGGGGUGCCAUGGUGUUGGAGGGGCAGGUAUGUUUUAGCUAUUCCCGCCAUAAUGUGAGUGUGCCAGUGACAGGCGGCUGGGCAUAGCUGGGUCCUCUUUUGCAAAGUUCACUUCAAGCUCACCCUAUCCCUCCUCUCAUUGGGUCUUAUUCUUGUGCACUUUACUUUGGGACCAAAACUGUCCACCCCAGCUCCACUCCCACCCCUUUGAAAGGCCUGGCAGAGAUGGGGUCUGUCCACCUCCCCCUCUGAGCUGGCUGCCCCAGCCCAGCCCCAGCCCUGUGGCCUCUUCGUCUCAUAACCUACUUACUUUGUCUUCUGGAUGAUUUCCGGUCAUGCUCCCAAAUGCAGUUUCAGGUGAGCUAAGGGGUGAUGAUGGCAAAGGAUCCUUAUAGCUUAGGUGAUGGUGACAGAGAUUCAGCAGGCCGUGCUGCGAAGCCCUGGUCUGGCUGUGGAAAACACCAUGAAGGGAAACUUUCAGCCAACAUCCAUCCUCCACUCUGCUGAGGCCAGAAGAAGGGAGGCCACAUGGGAAGAUUGUUUUUUGACUGGGGAGGAGGCUGAGCCAGAACCCACAGUCACUGGGGGGCUGGCUAGCCCAGCUGUGCCAGAAUACAGGGCAUAUCUGCAACUGGUUCUCCAAUCCUGGUGUAUCUGCCCAACCUACUCUAAUCAUUUCAGACAUUUCCAAAGGCUGGCGGAUGCCCUUCUCCCACUUCCAUUCCCCAGUCAGCAAUCGGAGUGCAGGGACCAAAAGCCCAAGAUGUCAAGA